AUGGUUAAGAUUCAUGUCAAGAGAGGAGAUGAAUCCCAGUUUUUAUAUGAGGCCUCCAUCGACACACCAGUUGCCGACAUCUUGAAGGAUUGUGCAACUAUCUAUAAUGGUCGCUUAAAGGUUGACAGAAUUUGUGGAGAAAUGCAGGAACUUGCCAAACAUGGCGUCUCACUCCCACCAAACAUGCAGGGGCUCACAGAUGAACAGAUUGAGGAGCUUAAACUGAAAGAUGAAUGGGGUGAAAAAUGUCAGCCUAGCGGAGGUGUGAAAUUUAACAAAGACAAAAUUGGUUGCAGAAAUGGACAAGCUCCAACACCUCAGAUGGCAGAAGUGCUGACAAAAACAAUAAAAGAGGCAAAGGAUAUGAUAUCAAAGAAAAAGGUAGAGAUGGAUGUUCAGGUGACACAGAAGACGGUCCAGGAUGCUCUGGACAUCUUGAGGGGUGCUGUCAUGAUUGUGUACCCAAUGGGGCUUCCACCUCACGACCCAAUCAGGGCAGAGUUUGAGAACACAGAGGACCUAUCAGGAAGGCAGGCUUCACUGGAAGUUAUAGAUAUUGACCAGGCUUCCAUGUGGUGGGCAGGCAAAGAGCUGUUGCCACACAAGAAACUGGGAGAUUUUGUUGGCAAGAAUGAGAAGACCAAAAUUGUGGCCAAAUUACAAAAGAGGGGCCAGGGUGCCCCAGCAAGAGAACCUGUGGUCAACCAGGAGGAGCAGAAGCAGAUGAUGGCAUACUAUUAUAAAAAGCAGGAAGAAUUCAAGAAACUGGAGAAAGAACAAGAGGAUACUUACAUGGACUCUGCCUGGGCAGAUACACACGAGCUCAAACGUCAAUUCCAGGGACUCAGCAAUAUUAAGUGGGGGCCUAGAUAA